CUUCGAAAUGUAGGAAUCGCAUACAACCCCACCGCAGAAGGGAUGAGGUACAACAUCUAAAGCGAAACGUCCAAAAUCGCAACUCCGAUUCCCCAAACAUUCCGAUAGCUAGAGAGAGAAACAUCCGGCGGCCAUGGUUUUAGAGAGAGAGAUGGAGGAGGAGGACGAAGACGAGGAGGAGGCAAUGCUGAAGAAAGCAGAGGAGAGCGAGAGCAAUAGCAAUAGUAACGAAGCGUCGUCGUGGAGCCGGAAGAUGAUGGUGGAGGAGACGGCGCGGAGGCUGAAGAGCGGAGAUCUCAGGGCGAAAAUCGAGGCGGCGAGAGAUGUGAGGAAGCUGGUGAGGAAGUCGUCCAGCUCCAAUUCCAAGUCCGCCGUGCGCGGCCGCUUCGCCUCUGCCGGCGCAAUCGAGCCGCUCGUGUCGAUGCUCCACAGCACGAUGCCGCUCGCAGCUCGGGAGGCUGCGCUCCUCGCGCUCCUCAACCUCGCCGCUCGGAAUCAGAGAAACAAGAUCAAGAUCGUUGCUGCUGGUGCUGUUCCACCUCUUGUGGAGCUUCUCAAAAACCUAACUGGCAAUCUGCGAGAAUUAGCAGCUGCUGCAAUUCUAUCAUUGUCGUCAAUUCCAUCCAACAAGCCAACCAUAGCAGCAUCCGGUGCUGCACCUCUGCUCGUGCAGAUCCUCUGUUCAGGAAGUGUCCAAGGGAAGGUGGACGCCAUCACGGCCCUCUACUACCUCUCGACGUGUGAGGAGGAGCCAAAGCUUGCCCUCGAUGCUAAAGCCGUGCCUCCACUAAUAGACCUCCUAAAAGAAUGCAAGAAAUACUCCAAGUUUGCUGAGAAAACCACGUUCCUGCUCGAGAUCUUCUCUGCUUCUGAGGAAGGACGAGCUGCAAUCACGUGUGUCGAGGGUGGGAUCCUAGCUCUGGUGGAGACCAUCGAAGAUGGAUCUCUGGUCAGCAUGUCCCACGCAGUUGGAGCUCUGCUAUCCCUAUGCCAGAGCUGUCGCGAUAAAUACAGAGAGCUCAUUCUAAAAGAAGGCGCCAUACCCGGCCUUCUUCGCCUCACAGCUGAGGGCACUCCAACAGCACAGGAUCGAGCUCGGACUCUCUUGGACAUGCUCAGAGACUCCCCUCCUGAGGAGAGGCUCACCUCGUCCGAGCUGGAGAGGAUCGUCUACAACUUCGCUGCAAACGUCGAUGGGAAAGAUAAGGCGGUCGAGACUGCCAAGAAGCUUCUGCAGGGCAUAGUUCAGAAGAGCAUGGACCUCAGCCUCAACCGGUCCAAGCUUAGAACCUCGCCUUGCACCUCCACGAAGGCCUAACGAGGCGCGAGUGAAGGUACCACGUAUAUAACGACCCGACCCGACCCGACCUUUUAACCCGGAAAUGCACUUGUGUUGUUACCACGGCUAGCCAUGUUUGUUGUGUGAGUUUUUUACUUGUAAAUUUUGAGUUAGUUUUUAGUUUAGGGAAACAUUGUAGAUUUGGUAUGGUUUUUCUACCCUUUAUCACUAUUACAAUGUAUUAAGCAUCAACAGUUAAAUUAUACAAACAAUAAUGAAUGAUUAUUGCUACA